CUUCUUUCUUCUUUUUGUUUCUCCUCUUCUCCUCCAAUUCUUCUUCUCUUCUCCUUCUUCUUUCCAGAACUCCUUCCGACUUCUUCUCCUUCUUUCUUUCUUCUCCUUUCUUCUUCCACGAAGGAAGGAAGGCGAGCUCGGGAGGGAGGCUAGCGGGAGCCCACCCCAUCGUGGGGAGCACAGGAAGGGCCUCCGACCGAGGAUCGGCGGCGCUACGGCCAUGGAUCCACCGAUCUCCCCUCUUUUCCCAUGAAGCAAGGGGGAGAUCUCCCUGUCAGAUCGCUCGGGAGGAGCUGGGCCGAGGCCGACGAUGCCCGCGACCGGCUAGCAGCGCCCGCGGGACGGCUGCGGUGAAGGAUAGUUUGGUCAACAUCAGAUCACCUCGCUUCGGUGAUGUUGGAAACCCGUCCUCAAGGACGGGUAUCCGAUCACUGGACUGGACGGUGAUCUAAAAAGUGGGGUGAUCCGAUAUCACCGCCACGUAGGAUUACUAAGAUGAAACCAAACACGGUGAUUUUAUCACUUCAUCCGGAUCACCCUUGAUCCUGGGCUUAUCACCCCAUACCAAACGCCCCCUAAGUGUUGGGGUUGGGAAAUUCUAGCGUGUUUGAGUUGGACCUGGAUUGGCUUGGAUAGACUCCGAUUUGUUCCGGUCCUGCGGGUCUGGGCCGGGUCUCUAGACUUUUAUAACCUCCGCCUCAAACUCUGGGCACCCCCAACGACCAAAACCCUGGGCUCUUCUUCUCUGGUGUGUUCGAGAGGGCAUGGCAAGCGACAAACCCAGCGGAAGCGCCGCCGCCGCCGCCGCCGCCGAGAGCGACGAGGAGAUAGGUCUCUCCUCGGAAGAGGUGGAGGAGGAGGAGCAGGAGUUGGAGCGGGAGCUCGCCGACGUGCCCUUCGAGGAGCUGCUGAAGGCCCGGGCCGAUGGCUCCCACAUCUCCCGCCCCCCCAAGUCCGCCCCCAACUCGAAGCCCGGCCGCGCCAACAAGAACAGGCCGAUGGAGGUGAGCAGCAAGGUGCGUAUGGGGAGGUUUAGGGAGGUCAUCCAGGCGCCCAAAAGGGUUGUAAGAGAUCCACGGUUUGAAUCAUUAUGUGGAACUCUUGAUACAGAAGGGUUUAGAAAGAGAUACAAUUUUCUGUUUGAGGUUGAACUUCCUGCUGAAAAAGAGAAGCUUCAGAAGUUGAUUAAGAAGUCAAAAGACCCAAAUGUUAUUGAGGAGUUGAAGAACCAUAUCUCUUGGAUAGAUAAGCAGCUAAAGUCAGGCCCUCGUAAGAGUGCUGAAUCUGGAAUUCUAUCCGAGCAUAUAAAGAAAGAAAGAGAAGCAGCAAAGCGAGGCAAACAGCCAUAUUAUCUCAAAAAAUCGGAAAUUCGGAAGAGGAAGCUGAUAAACAAGUAUGAUGAACUAAAGGCAGAAGGAAAGCUUGACUCCUUCAUUGAGAAGAGGAGGAAGAAGAAUGCAUCUAAAGAUCAUCGCUAUAUGCCUUACCGGAGAUCAAAUGAUGGCUCACAACAAUGAACUAGAGUACCUUUAGAGUUGAGGACAGUAAUUUCCUUGUUCUAUCUAAGCCGGAUCUCAGAUCGUCUCUCCUUAGUCUUUGUUGUUCCAAUGGGUGGCUAAUGUGAGGGCCUUGUUCACUGGGCUGUGGAUUGAGGAGUCUGAAGGAGAGAGAAAGAAGACAAUUAUUUGCAGAAAUACAAGCGAGCAACCUGUUUCUUAUUGCAUCUCUGUCUUUAUACUGGGAAAAUCGUAUGCAAGCUAAUUAGUCCUAGUGCUUGAUAUUUUGAUCUGUACAAGUUAAUUAGUUCAAAUGCCUGAUAAAAAUGCAACAUAUAUAUUGAUCUCUUUUUCUGCAUGAA